AUGUCGUCGACUGGCUGUCUACUGGUGCUCCUCGGCUUGGCCGUAAUGGCGGCUGCCAAACUAGAAAUACCCAAGAUACCUAAGAUCGAACGUUUGCAGCAUCAGACGGAGGUGCUGACUGCGCAGAAUCCGUCGAAUGGUCCAUACUGCUUUCCAUACUACAAGUCAGCGCUGGACAGCAUCGCGAACCAAUACGAGCUUCAAUAUAACUCGUGCAUCACCCAAUACGAAAACCAAGUCGCCGUAGAAAACGCCAACUGGCAGCAGCCACGUGAGCAGCUUGCGGACAAGGGCAACUCUUGCUGCAACCGGAUUGCCAACUGCGCCUCAAUAGUGAGCUCCGUUCAGGCCUUCGAGUGCUACGCUGAAGUGGGCACUGAUGAGUCGAAGACCAUGUACGGCCUUUCGGCAAAUGCCACUGCAGUAAAGACUGCUAUGGAGGGACAGUAUCAAAAGCUUAGCUCAGCUAAGACCGUUUGCAUCAACAACGCGGAGAGAACCUAUGUCGAGAGUACGACAUCUACAUACGAGGCCUUAAAUAGCUGCCUAAGCGGCAGAACAACAGGAUUACCCUCAACACCUGUCUAUGAGGAUACCACGGAAGAGUGGACGACGAGUAAAAUCUAA